AUGUUGAUUGGGGCUUCGAUAUUCCCGCACCUUUUGUUGCCUACUAGGAUAAAGGGCCGCCCUGAUCAGCCGCUCGCAUCCGCGCCUCUCGCAUUGGAGACCGUGCUGGGAUAUGUUAUUGUUGGUUCCGCUCCCGUCAGUGUUGAUAUGACCCAAUGUAUAAACACCACGGUUUCUUCUUGUUGUUAUUCUUCCGCGCCCCUCGAGUCUGUAGUCCGCAAGUUUUGGGAAUUGGAGGAGGUAAGUAUGCCUCCAAUAUUUAGUCCAGACGAUAAGGUCUGUGAAGACAUUUAUACAAGCACGACUACACGAGACGAGACUGGCAGGUACGUCGUGGCUUUGCCUUUCAAGGGUGACAUUAGCUCCCUCGGAGAUUCAAGGCGGACCGCUGAAAAACGCUUUUUUUGUUUGGAACGCAAGUUAGAGGCGUCCUCUAAUCUUAGAGAAGCUUAUGACGGCGUUAUUAAAGAGUACUUGGAGAAAGAGUAUAUCUCACCCGCGCCUCCAGACGAGGAGUAUAUUGUAAAUGCUCCGCCUUCGUAUAUUAUACCGCAUCAUGGAGUUAUUAGAGAAGACAAGUUAACCUCUAAACUUCGCGUCGUUCUCGAUGGUAGUGCUAAGACUAGCACUUCUAUACCACUGCAGGUUUUUCAGUUCAAUAGAGUUUGUUUUGGACUUAAGUCUAGUCCAUUUCACGCAUUGCGCACUGUCAAGCAAUUGGCAAUUGAUAAGGGCGACGCGUUUCCUAAAGCGAGGGAAACCAUUGAGACUGGAUUGUAUAUGGAUGACUACGUCCACUCUGUCGACACAGAGUCGGAUGCUAUCGCCACCGCUGAUGAAGUGAUAGGCCUCAUGAAGUCUGGUCAAUUUGAUCUUGUCAAAUGGACGAGCAACUCACAAGAGGUCCUAGAGCACAUACCGCUUUCACAUCGCCUUUCAUCUGUUAAGGAAUUUGAUGAGUCCGCUUCGCACAAGGUUUUGGGUUUAUGUUGGUCCCCAGUUACUGAUUUGUUUUGUUUGAAAAUCGACAAGCCUGGUGACGCUUGCACGAAACGCACUAUACUCUCAUGUAUAGCUCGCAUUUGGGAUUUGAUGGGAUUUGUCGCGCCCGUUGUUCUGUUCGCAAAGUUGAUUGUUAAGCGACUGUGGCUGUGUGAUUGUGAUUGGGAUGAUCACCCGCCAGAAGAUGUUGUUGGUUUGUGGAUCCGCUUUAGAAGUGAGCUUCCUCUGCUGGAGCAAAUCAAGAUUCCGCGCCAUGUAGGUAUCACAUCAGGUAGUGUGGUGUCUAUUAUGGGCUUCGCAGACGCUAGUGAGAAGGCGUACGGGGGUGUUGUUUAUUUUCACGUGGAAAAUGCUGACAAAUUAACGCUCAGUCUUUGUUGUGCCAAGUCAAAGGUCGCCCCGCAUGUACUGCACUGCGCAGGUCUUAAAAGAAGGAAUGUGUAUAAGUAUUGCGCAAAGCGAAUCGAUGACAUCGACAGUUGUCACUAUCUCUAUACGUUUACACGACUUGAGUUUUGUCCUAAACUCAAAAUGAGACGCGCUGUUGAAGAAGACAAUGAUGAUAUUGUUGAAAUUCUGGAUAAGAAAUGUCCGCGAUUGAAAGAUCUGUAUGGACAUUACUACGUGAGUGAACUAAUUGGGAGACACCCUGAAAGCAACAGGAAGAUUAUAGUUGCUGAUCAUCAAGAUCGAGCUGUAGGAGUGAUGUGUCUAAACUCGGACAUAAACUACGAGAAACUAGACGCCACUUAUGACCUGGGUCCUUUGUACGGGCUGAAGAGAGCCACGCCUUUGGAGAAGGAGGAGUGUAAACGAGCUAAUCCUUUGCUGAAGACUUUUGGAGAUCCUAUAAUGCUUGGGGAGUGGAGUCCAUUUCAACGAAUGGUGAAAAAAGAAACCGUUAUGCUUGACGAUGAGCCAUCAAAAGAAAACAUCCAGUACGCCCCCAAAACUAAGAAGACGAGCAAAGUGUAUUUUGGACGGAAUGCUACAAUGCGCAAGAGUCUGGAACAUAUUUACAAACAUCGUCAUUCCGACGACUUCAGCGACAAGAUAUACAACGAGUCGCCGAACCAGUCUCAGUGCACUUCCUACUCGGUCACCGACCUCUUGGAGGAGGACCCGUUUGACUACGACAUUGUCAACAUUGAUAAUGACUUACUGACCAUCCCUGAAGCGCUGUCUUGUGAGCAGUUAACCCCAGGCGCUCAAUCUUGGAGGCAAUCAAAGCUGUCCGAAAUCAAGAUGAGGACGAGAAGUCGGGGCUCUAUAAACUAUAACCCGAAACAGAAAGAAGAAGUAGAGACUGUUGUUUACCAUGGAGAGCCCAACGCUUUUAUAAUCGAGCUGUUCGGUUUCUAUGAAGACGUCCAUGACAGACAUGCUUUUGAUUUGUUGGAGGCGGCAUUUGAGAUAAUGAAGAACUACGAUUAUUGCUUAAUUAGAGUUCCUUGUAAAGACAAGACGUUCCCCUUGCUUCAACAUUUCUGUUAUGUUCCAACUAGACCAAAGAUUUGUAGCAAGUAUGCGCUUUAUGUGGCACACAGAUCUUCAGUCCUUGGAAAAUUGCGAGUACGGCCAGCUGAAGUGGUAGAUGUGCCUCAGAUAUCCCAAAUGCUUCAAAACCUGGAGGGCAAGGAAACUAUAUGGACCAUAGAGAACAGCAUACUGAGCAACGACAAUCACUCUGCGUUUGUCUUUCUGAGCGGUUUUGCUAUAGUCGGCGUGGGUAUUUUGGAAUCACCCGAGCAAAUCGACUUCAUCCGAGUGAAAUUCAACCUAGACUUAUACCACAAUCACAAAUACCACUUCAGAGGCCAAGGCACCUCUGCUGGCUUCACGACCCUGAAGACUGUUAUAGCGUACCCCGCGUUUGAGGUGCACUAUCGAUACUUUGCGAGGGAGAUGAUGCGCAUGACUGGUACUAAUUCGAUGCUGUGGCUGACUGCGUAUAGGAAUAAGUGGGUUGGUCAUAAAGCUAACUCCUUGGUGUCUGCUAUGAUUCCUCUGAUUCCGAGAAAAUCGGAAAUUGACUGUGUCGAGAUUCCUGAACUAAAGAAAAUUUCCAACCUGGCACAAAAAAUAACAGCGUUCACCACCUGGUUUCUGGGUAAAAACAUGACGACGAUACCAAAGGUAGACAUCAACGUCAGAAUUCUGGUGGUCGGCGCUUCUAGGACUACCAUGUCUUUCCUGGACACAUUGCUAUUUAGCGACGCAUCAUCCUACCUAAACUUCACGAACGUGACCCUCAUAUCGCCGAACGGGCUGCCCUACGUAAGACAAGCGAAGCCAGCUGCCGAGAUGAUGUUCCCUCGGUAUCGCACUACCGCCGACAAGUUUCUGAAGAGCGUGCCAUAUACUUACUAUGUCAAUGUCGUGCAGGGAACUAUGACGGAGAUCAACAAGAAAGAACAUUAUGUAACCCUCUCUAAUGGCAGUGUAUACUUCUACGACCUCUUAUUCCUGCUACUGGGCAAACAAUAUCAACAUCCGAACUAUUUACAAGAGCUGUAUGAGAGAGAAACUGAAGCAGAGGAGUGUAAAUACACUCGUCUGGACGUUCCACGACUCUACCAGGAGUCUGACAUCGACUUAUCCACAGAGUAUCUGCCGGAUAACGUCUUCAUCAUCAACAACAUAUCCGAAGCAAAUAGAGCCCUCAAAUAUGUCAAGAACUUCUUCUGGCAGGACUUUAACUACAAAAUCCUGGUGUACGGUGCAUCAAUACACGCAUAUUGCUGUUUAGCAGCUUUACUGGAAUUCCAAGUUCCCCCAGAAAACAUCGUGUUCAUAGAGCCAUUCCCAUACGAAAACGGGAAGACGCGGGUGCCGGUGUUUUGCAAUGAAAAUGUGGACGAAUCAGUGAAAGAAGUGCUGAACAAUCUGAACAUCACGGUGUACCGUUCAUACUACUUCCAGUCCUGGACCGUAGAUGGGUACAAUAUGGUGACCCAUGUGGAUUUCUUAUCGCACUUCCAGAUGGUCAAGCUGGAGUGUACCGUGUUCUUCUACUAUGGAAAGACUGGUGUUAGCACACAAGCUUUGAAUGCCAUAAAGAAAAGCGGCCUGGUGUACGAUGGCGGUAUACUAAUCGACCACGAGUUCCGAACUAAAGACCCGUGCAUAUACGCGGCGGGACCAGCCACCAGGUACUACCGGAGAUACUUCGCCGACUCUCGCCGGCUCAAGUAUUAUGACUCUUAUGAAGUGGGACAGAAGCUUGGAACCCAAAUAAGGAACCAGUUGGAUCCUCUAUUUUCACCAAAAGAACCUUCUCGAAAGUCCUCCGUGACAGUCUCAACGAGUACCAUCAUGUCGGAGCCUGUAUCGCUACAAUCGCAGACAUCAUCAUCAACACAACCUAGCGACUCAAACGCAUCCGAUGGGAGUGGUGACAAACACCUCGAGAAGAUCCCAACUCUGAAGAAGCCCAUCGUGACCCAUUGCACGUUGCCUGGACGUCUUCAGUACUUGGAAGUCCGACCUCCAGGGAAGAUGACUCCCCAUUAUUAUGUGCAGUCGCAACAGUUUACCGGUUAUGUACUAGAGACGUUCAAAGGCGGCUACUUUAAGCUGCACCUGAACAACGAUCAAGUGGUCGACGGCAUCACCUGCCUCAGUCCAGAGAGCCUCUCGCUGGACAACUUCAAAAACCUCUAUGGACUGUCCGCAACUGUGUUGAAUAACGUGCAUUUGAGAUACACUGCAAAAAAACUCGACGACUUCUAUUCGUUCUUCCGUUCGAACUGGGCGUUGUAUUUGUAUCUCGAACGAGCUGAUGAACUCUUUGCAAUGGCUAAAGAGUUGUUACCAAAGGGUCAAAAAAAUGGGAACACCUUAAACGAUGCUCUAAGGUCCAUCGCACAAAAUUUGUAUAACCCAUCCUACAGAUUCAACACAAAACUGAGGAUUCGCUCCAAGUUCGAACAGUCGCCACAUGUGUCAGCCAUCACCGACUACGUCAUGGAGUGGAUAUCAGACAACGAUGUUCUACUCCCGAUGUACCUCCAACAGGCACAUAAAAACGAAUGCACCCAUGACCUGGGUUCCCAUCCCGCGUUCGUAAAAAAGAAGAAAAGUCUGAUUAAAAUGUUACAGAGGAUACUUUAA